AUGACACUCUCCGGGUGGUUCCGUCCGCCUUUAGUACCUCAGUUAGUUCGAUUAACGGCAAUGGGAGGCUUGCCCGAGUCCAGUGAACCUAAAAGGAUACGUACAGCCCGAGCUCCUAGGUCAAGAUCCGGAUGCCGCACAUGCCGAAUACGGCAUGUCAAAUGCAACGAAUUACCGGGUAGGUGCUUGAAUUGUGUGUCCACUGGGCGCCAAUGUGACGGCUACGAUCUUGAUCGGCUUCCUCUAAAGAAGAAAGGGCCUGCCCCCAGCACACCUCUCAGCGUACAUCGAAUGCGAUCGGUGCUCCCAGAUCAAACAUCCGAUGAGGGACGAUGUUUCUCUCUUUUCCAAGGCUCGACUAUCCCAAUGAUGAACGUCUUGUUCGAUCACCACAUGUGGGAACGGCUUACACCUCAAAUGAGUCAUGCCGAGCCAGCCAUCUGUCAUGCGUCGUCCCUUCAUCUGAUCUCCCGGACGAACUCUAACAAUCCGAGCGUGAAGAAUAAGGUCUUGAUAUACUGUCUACUGUUCGUGGUCUUCGAGUUGACGCAUGGGCGGUAUGACCUAGCGAUUGUUCAUCUUCAAAACGGAGUCAAGCUGCUGGGUGCCGAGUCGCAAAGGCCCAUUUACAGUUCCCUAUACCACACCCAUCCAUCUUCAGCCGUAGAGCGACACAUCGAACUAUCUUUCGCCGCUGCAAUAAUGGAUUUAGAUCUUCAGAGUGCACAUUUCGGUGUCUCCAAGCUACACGAGGGGCUGGAUCUAGACAUGUUCGUGCACCAGGUCGGACACCCACCGUCAAUGGUGGAUUACCAGGCCAGCCAGGACGUGUGGAUCGUCCGCGACCGGAUCUUUAUCCAACUUCUGACGGGAAAGGAGCGAAGGGCCCUGGCGGGUUUACGUAUGCAUCAUGCGGUACUCUCCGUAACUACGGACAUAUGCUUGAUAAAGUGUAGCGAAACUAUCCGUAGUAUAUCCACGGAACGGUUCAACGAUGCCAUCGAUCAAACGAAGACUGUCACAGGCAGUCUGAUGGAAAUUGCACCCCGAAAUACCCCUCGCUGUCCCACGCUGCUGAUGGAAACAAGGACCAUUGCACCUCUGUUCUUUGUCAUCGUUAAAUGUGAUAACCUAGGAGUUCGGCACAGAGCACUUGAGGACCUAGAGUCUUGGCCACACCGAGAAGACCUGUGGGAUUUAGAAUUAGCUGUCACGUUGGCUCGCCAGAUGAUGUGUCCCCGGGUACAUUAG